ACUCUGAUGCCAUCAGGCAACACGAUCUAGUUUUUGUUGUUUCUCUUUUUCUAGCAGUUUUUUUAUUAGCAAAACAUGUGUAGAUAGGUAACUUCAGCAAUAGUUUUCACAAUUCAUAACGGUUUUUAGAUCAGUUUAGUGAAGUGGUUGCGAACAGGUUGUAGUCGCGAUUUUUCUCAAAAUGAUUGGGUUGGCACAACCAUUGCGUGAGAUGCUGAGGGUGAAACCUAUGGACACUACUAAUAUAGUAUGGCGUUUACACAACCGCGCUACAGUUUAUGUGCUAAUUUUCUUUACAAUUCUGCUGUCCGCACGUGCCUAUUUUGGAGAACCGAUCGACUGCAUUACCAGUGCCUCCGAGAUAAAGCAAAGUAUGAAUAGCUUCUGUUGGACACUGGGCACUUACAUAAGCAAUAAUCCAAAAUUUGUUGAUGCCAGUUGGGAUUUCAUCAAAAUUGGCCAAAAAAUGGGACAAAUACCCAUGGACCAACGCGUCUACCAAAAAUAUUACCAAUGGGUUUCUUGUUUACUGGCCAUACAAGCAUUCUUGCUCUCUCUUCCGAAACAUCUUUGGCGAUUCUUCGAAUGAUAUCGGAUGGAGACAUUAUGCUCUGACUUAACAUCCAUUUUACCGCCGGACGCCUGGACCACCAAGCGGAAGCAUCACACUUUGCACUAUUUAACACAGGAGCCGCGUCGUAAGCAGUUAAACUACGCGUACAUGUUUUAUUUUUGCGAGUUGCUGAAUUUCGCUUUGGUGCUUCUGAAUAUGUCGCUGUUGAAUUUUAUCAUCGGUGGAUUUUGGUACAAUUAUCAGCCGGCUAUGCAGGCUCUCAUGACACUAGAGAUGGACACAUGGAUGUCUCAAAAUUCCCUGGUCUUUCCAAAAUUAGCAAAAUGUGAAUUUUCAACGGUUGGUCCCAGCGGAAGCACACAAAAUCAUGACGCUCUGUGUCUGCUACCGCAGAAUAUCAUAAACGAGAAGAUAUUUGCCUUUCUUUGGCUAUGGUUCAUCUGCCUGGCGAUCAUUUCCGGUGUGCAGAUUUGGUUCAGGAUAAUUCAACUCAGCUGCCGGAGCGUUCGGGUAAAGCUGCUCUACUCUCAGUUGGUGCCGAUAAGUUACAAACGGGUUAAGAGACUUGUACGUGAAACUAACUUCGGACAAUGGUUCAUACUGUAUCAAAUGUCUAGGAAUAUUAACCGAGACGUAAUGAAAGACAUUAUAAUCGCCUUAACUAAGCAAGAAUCGGUAAACGGUCUUUCAAAACAAAGCUUGGAACAGCAGAUACAAGUCGAAGUUGAGGAGGAUGAGCUGGAGGAAGAUGAAGUUACUGUUUGAUUUAUAAUUCUCUAGUUAGGGUGAUAACUAUUAUGUUUUGGAGAGAGCAGCUGUGAGACUAAGUAAGGCAUAUUUUGCCUAGAAAUCCUAGUCCAUUUAAAAAGAGUUCAUCCGGAAUUUGUACCGAUUUUUUUCUGGGAAAACGGUAGGAAACGUUAACCUAUUAAACCUCCACUUAUUUUGGUAGAAAGUUCUGAUAGAAGCAAAACAUGAAGUAAUGUUUUCGAAAAAUAGAAAUCAAUAGCUAAUAUCAGCGAAAAGUAAUAAUCUGAAAAGCAGCGUAGUAAUUGUUUAGUAUGCUUAUCGAAUUUUCACAACAUUUACGAAGAUAGAGUUCUUCACAAAAACAAAAAUGUAAAGUAACAGUUUGAUGAGCUAUAUUGUUGAAUUUAUAAAUAUUUUUUAUUAA